AUGUGAUGGGAAGGACUUCCCGAUAUGCCAACAGGCAGAGUUGGAAGUGGAGCAGUCAACGUUCCGGAUCUUGGAGUUUUAGUUCUUGGUGGUCGAGGAGCAGAUAAAAAAGUUCUGAAUGUCGUCGAAUUGUUUCAAAGUUUUGCAGGAAAAUCAACUUGGUGCUCAUUCACUCCAAUGUUGGCGGCAAGAAACCGCCCUGUUGUAGAGUUCUUUCAAGGAUGUGUUUACGUUGCCGGUUCUCGUGAUACAAGCCCACAUACAGCAGAAUUUCUUUCCAUAACUAAUGGUCGACAAGGUGGCAAUUUAUAUUCAAUGCAGGCAGUCAGGGACCAUCUCUACGUCGUCGCUAAAGGGGGAAAUGUUUAUGAACUGGAAAUGCCACAUGAAGAAAACGAUGGGAAUCAAAAUGACCACAGUUGGAGACUUCGAUUUCAAGUUAAAAGCGGAUUGAAUCUGCGUCUUUUAAAGGUUCUUGUGAACGCUUAA